AUAACCAUAUUAUUGGUCACUAUCUGCUUUGCCAAUGCUUCAAAGCAGAAGAAGAAUGGUGUAUUGCCAUGGAUGGGCCUUCAAAGGACAAACGAAUCAAUCGCUUCAGACUUGGAAGAAAUAGAGAGUAUAUCAAACUUAUUGAGUGCGGUGGCAUUUGAAAGAUUUAACUUGGGUCCAAACUCAACAUUGAUACUUAAUAACUUUACAGAUGUAAUACCAACGAUCAAAUCAUACGGUCUUCAAACAUUGCCAAUGAUAUCAACAUGUUGUCCAUGGGGUCGUCCAGAAGUAAUUGAAUACGCCCGUGAACUAUUCCGUAAUCCACAACCAUUCAUCACAUCUGCAGUUCAAUAUGCACUUGACGAAGGAUUCAAUGGAUACAGUGUGGACAUUGAACCUGUGGGCGGCAAUGCACAGGAUGCAGAAGACUAUGCAAACUUUGUAGAUAUGUUUGCAAAUGAACUACAUGCAUUUGGAAAGAUACUCACUGUUUGUGCUGCCACAUACGAUCCAUUCUGGAAUCUUACAUUACUGGGUCGCACUCAAGUCGAUCUCAUCUACACGAUGAACACCUACGCCAGUAACCUAACAACAUUCACUCAACAAUUCCAAUUCUCUGUCGAAUCAAUACCUUUGAACAAACUUGCCAUUGGACUGAUGACAGUAGGUGAUAACAAUGAACCAUUCAGCGAUGCAGAGCUUCAAGCAAGAUUCGACAUGAUCAACUCUGCAAAGAUUAGUAACAUUGGUAUAUGGGAUGCACCUAUACCAUCUGCUUGGUUCCCAUUCCUCAAGCAAUACGUUGUUGAUGUUGUU